AUGAUGUUUGCCAAGCCUAUAUCAUCUCCAAUGUCAGCUGCUUCCCCUUUAAGCAAGUUUGAUGGCUCCACAAUCACUGAUCCCACAUUAUAUCGUAGCACAGUGGGCUCUCUUCAGUAUCUAUCUCUCACACGGCUAGAUUUGUCAUUUGCCGUAAACAAGCAUAUUCAGACUCUGACUGGGCGGGAUGCCCCGAUGAUCAUCAAUCAACUUCUUGAUAUUGUACCUUUCUCGGCAGAAAUCUACUCUCAUGGGGUUCCAAAAAGCAGCCCAUGGAAUGAAGCUCAAUUUAUUGACAAAAUCGUUCAAGAUGUCUCAAUAAUCGUGAAUCACACAUAUUUCCAAGUUGCCAAGCAUCCGGUUGGAAUAGAGUCUCGUGUACGGGAGAUCAAUUCACUUUUAAGUGUUGAUCAGAUGAAUGAUAUACGCAUGGUGGGGAUCUUAGGAGCCGGUGGAAUUGGUAAGACAACUAUUGCUAAAGCUAUCUACAACUCGAUGGCUUCUCAGUUUGAAGGUAGUUGUUUUCUUGAAAACAUUAGAGAAAAUUCUAAGCACAAAUCCGAUUUGGUCAAACUACAAAAUACACUUCUUUCAAAAAUCCUUGAAGAUACUAUGAAGGUUGAUAGUGUUGAUGAAGGAAUUACUGUGAUAAAGAGAAGGCUUUGCUCUAAAAAGGUACUCCUUAUUCUUGAUGAUGUGGAUAAUCAGUUGGUCCAAUUAGAUAAAUUGGCUGGAAAGGAUGAUUGGUUUGGUCCAGGAAGUAUGAUCAUCAUAACCACAAGAGAUAGGAAAGUAUUGACUAAUCAUGGAGUAGUUGAUGCUCUAAUAUAUAAGGUAAAGGAAUUGGAUUGGUACGAAGCUAGUGAGCUCUUUUGUUGGAAUGCUUUCCAAAGAAACCAACCUACUGAUGGUUUUGUGGAAGUAACGAAACAUGCAAUACACUAUGCUGGGGGUCUUCCACUAGCUUUAGAAGUGCUAGGUUCACAUCUGUAUGGUGAAGAUAUCCAACAAUGGAAAAGUGCAUUGAUGAAGUACAAAAGAAUUCCUAUCAAAGAUAUUCAAGAAAUACUUAGAAUAAGCUAUGAUGGAUUGCAUGAAGAUGAGCAGAAUAUUUUUCUUGAUAUUGCAUGUUUUUUCAAAGGAAAGUCGAAAGAUUAUGUUAAAACAAUAUUGGCUAGUUCUGAUUGCUUCCCAGAUGCUAGUAUCCCGGUGCUUAUACAAAAGUCUCUCAUAACCAUUGAUGUUUCUGGCUGUUUGGCAAUGCACGACUUAUUGCAAGACAUGGGUAGAGAAGUUGUUCGACAAGAAUCACAGGUACCUGGCGAACGAAGUAGGUUGUGGUUUCAUGAAGAUGUUCGUGUUGUCCUUCAAAAUGAUUUGGGAACAAACAAAAUUCGAGGCAUAUUGGUAGAUUUGCCUAAAGGAGAAGACAUGGUGGACUUGAGUUCCAAGGCCUUCGAGAAAAUGAGAAGCUUAAGAUUGCUUAUGGUUACCCCUAAUGCACGUUUUUCUACCGGGCUCAAUUUUCUUCCUAAUACAUUAAGAGUGCUUGAUUGGCCUAAUUGUCCUUUAGAAUCUUUGCCAUCUAAUUUUCGUGGAAUGAACCUCAAUGUUUUAAGAAUGCCUCGGAGCCCCCUCAAGGAAUUGAAGGAAAUCAAGAAUUUUCAAAGCAUGAAAAUUAUGGAUUUCUCUUAUUGUGAAUUCCUAAAAGUAUUCCCGGAUGUUUCAACGAUUUCAAAUUUAGAGGAUUUGAAGUUUGAUGGUUGUACAAAUUUAAUUGAAAUUCACCAUUCUGUUGGAUUUCUUGAUAAGCUAGUUCAUUUGAGUCUUCGGAAAUGCUAUAACCUUAGCCGUUUUCCGAGAAGGCUCAAGUCGAAAUCUCUAAAACGUCUUUCUGUUCAAGGUGGCUCAAGGCUUGAAUACUUUCCUAAAAUUGAGUGUCAGAUGGAGUGUUUAGAAACCGUCAUCUUUGCCGACACCGGUAUAAAAGAAUUGCCUUCAUCUAUUGCGUAUCUCAUUGGGCUUAGAACAUUAAACAUAACCGGUAGCAAAAACCUUAUGCAUCUUCCAAGCAGCAUUUAUCAGUUGCAACGUAUAGAGAAGAUUUUUGUCAACGGUUGUUCAAAUCUUGUUACGAUUUCAGAUAAGAUGAGGGAUAUCGGACAAUACAUGCUCUCAAAGGAAUCAGAAAUUUCAUUAGAUCCAGACAACUUACUCCCAUUGCUACCUCCUACGAAUUCAAGUGUUUCUAAUGAUGAUUGUUCAUUGAUAGUAUUUCCUAAAAAAGUAUUUCCACAAAUAUAUGAGUUGCGUCUACAAAAUUGUGACCUAUUAGGAUCAAGUUUCUUUACGAUAUUUAAUUGCUCCUCCACAUUGAAAUUAUUAAAUCUAUCGAGGAGUGUUAUUGUUACUAUUCCUCCAUGCAUCGAAAGAUUUGUUUCCUUGUUGGUGCUUGAUUUGGAUAAUUGCAAGCAACUUCAAAAAAUUCCAAGCCUUCCACCAAAUAUAAAAGCAGUGUCUGCAGCGGGGUGCAUGUCAUUGGAAACAUUUUUGGAAGAACCACAAACAUCUCAAUUAUUUAGUACAUGGUCGUAUCCAGAGGUUAUAAGGUAUGAAACAACUUGUUUGACACGAGGACCUGUGGGCAGUGGUGCUCCUUCUGCAACCUAUCAAAAUGUGCAAACUGUGGCAAUAGCUCAGCCAUUGAAGGGAUGUUGUGAAGCUCGUUACUUUGACUGUGUAGUUUCGGGAAAUAAGAUUCCAGAUUGGUUCAAUUAUCAUAAAAAGGUUUCAAAUAGUAAUUCAUGUGAAAUAGAUAUUGAUGAGCAUGCAGAUAUGUUUGGGGAGUUCACAAUAAUUGCGUUCUCUGCUGUUGCUGAAACUGUUGUUGGAAUAAAGUAUGUAGAAGGAAAAAAUGUUCGACAUGGAAUUACGGCUUACGUCAUCACUCGCGGUGUAAAAAUCUGUUGUGUUCGAUCAAAUUUUUCAAAACCGGCCUCAGAUUUUGUAUGGAUGCAGUUCCAUGUUCCGCACCAUUCUUUUGAGCUUGGAAAUGUUGGUCAUGUGCGAGUUAAAUUUGAAGGUAUAAAGAAUGUGCGCUUGAAAAGUUGCGGAUUCCAUUUGGUACGUCUGUGUAACAAGAAGGCGAUUGAUUUAAUAGAUGGACUUCAACUUAAAAAGAGACCUCGUGAUGAUGGACCUUAUGGUGAUGGAAUCCGUAAAAAAAGACGUCAUGAACAUUAUGAAAAGAGGCAUUAUACAAGCUGGCGAAUGGUCUGGAGAGUAUGA